AUGCUGCUCUACCUCAGCCUGAUCGGAAAGCUUUACCCCUUCCAUUCAUCCUCUCCCCUCUGUGCUUCCAAACCUUCACUUUCCAAUGCAUUCCCUUCACUACACGCUGCUGGCGCACUCGAAUACGAGACUCGAACAUGGCCAGUCAGCAUUCACAACAACCCCUUCGCCGGGAAGCCCCGCCCAGAGCUCGAAGAGGCCUGGCACCACCUAUUCGAAAAGAACAAUAUCCGCGUGCACAAAGAAGACCUCGACUUCUACAACGUGACUUCGUUGCCAAUAACCGAGUCCACCGACAACGACACCGACUGGGUAGGCCAGAUGGGCGUCUUUCACGAACUGCAUUGCCUAAAGCGCGUUCGACACUGGAUCUACCGGGAUCACUACCUUGCAGAUGCACCAGAGACGGUCUUGAUUGAAGAGGAGGCUCAUGUGGAUCACUGUAUGGAAUUACUGCGUGAAGCUAUCAUCUGUCGGGGGGAUCCGACCUUGAGUGGCUUCCGGUGGAUUGGGCCCGAUGAGGGAGGGGAGGGGUAUCAUCUUACGGUGGAAGCGCCGGGGUAUCAUACUUGUGUGAACUGGGAGAAACUGCGGGCAUGGAAUGAUGAGAGGGCGAUUGAUGCGUUUGAGCCGGGGGUGCUCGUUGGUCCUAACUUAUAG